AUGAAAACAAUUAUUAUUGCACUAUUGUGUCUACAAGUAUUCUCUGACCGUCUGAACGAGUUCAGUGGUGACGUUGACAUUUACGAUUUGGGUACCAUGAAUCGAGGAAAGAAUGCAGGGUUGUGGCAACACUCUUCUGAGAACAAGUAUGAUGUUUUAUAUUACUUAGCUAUGCAGCCAUGGAGACAUAUCAUAUGGACUUCAUUUGAAAAUGGUGUCUUUGUGACUCGUGUGAUUAAUGAAGAUCACAAUGUUAAAAACUUUAAUACUUUGAAUACUGAUUCUAAUCAAGACUUCUGUCAAAAGGAUUAUGGAUAUCCAGUUUCUAAAUACGAAAUCGACUGGAACAGAGUACCAACAGAUUCUACCAGACUUAAAGCAGUUGACAUCAAUGGUAAAACGUGUUACCAAUAUCCAGCAAAAAGUCCAUUGGUGUAUGUUGCAUUAUCUGAAAAGAUGACAGCUGAGACUAAAACAGAAAAUUACGACAUUUGCAGAUUUGAUUUCAUUGGAGGUAAAACUAUUACUUUCAGAAGUUUCAAUGGGUUGAAUCAAGAUUUUAUUGUUGAAUACAACAAAACAGCAAUCAAAUGCCAAAAAGAUUUUACCAAAAAUAAUGUAGGUACCGAAUUGGCUCUUAUCUUUGGUAUUUCCGAUAAAGCUGCUUUAAAAAGUGUCCAAAGUGCUUUUAACGAUUUCAAAAGCUUGUCAACUUUGUCUUCUGUAACAGUUUAUUAUUUGAAAGGAGAGUCUUAUCAAACUUUGAAAAUCACAAAAGAGCAAUUGACUUAUGCAACACUUUCAAGUAUUGAACCAUCAAAAGGAAAAGUAGAUACUUUGAUUGUUGCAGCUUCAAGAGACCUUGAAGCUAAAGUUACCAAAAAGACUAUUAAAAGAGGUGCAAUUUUGGUUUUGACUGAUGAUGGUAUUAACAGAGAAUUCAAUGCUGAAACCGACUUUGAUAGAAAGAAUUUGACUGUACAUGUAGUAUCUUUGAACAGACAGGGUGAUGCCAUGACUGCUAAAUUACAGACGUUGUUAUCACUCGGUGGCCAUUUCCAUGAAACCAGUGAUACCAAUAAAGUUGCCGAGCAGAUUAAAGAAGCAUUCAACAUUAUUAGAGCCAAUUUAACUGAAAGAUGUGACAGAAACAAGUGCAAUGGGUUCUGUGAUGCUAAAAAUAGAUGUACAUGCCCAAUGUGCUGUGAGAAUACUUGCUUCUAUUCCUUCUGUAACACCACUAGUGGUACUUGUACCCCAUGGCCUCCUGUUAAUCCAAAACAAAAAGUCAAGUGUCCUUCAAAUUGUAUUGGUGAUUAUACAUGCAAAGAUUUGGAAGGUUGUGUAGUCAGUAGAUACAAUAACAGUUGUGAGCCAAAGGUAGCAUGUAUGAAACCAACAUGUCCAAAUGGUGACAAGGGAACUUGUUCAAUUCAAGACAACUGCCCACAAGACGACGUACCAGCCACGGACGGUUAUUGUUGGACUUAUAAAUGUGAUUCCAAUAGUGGAUAUUGUAUUAAACAUACCAAAGGUGCUGAAAAGUGUCCAACAAAGACAUCUUUGUGCCAACAGUAUAAAUGUGAUGCCAACUUAAAAUGCAGAGUUGAGAACAAAGUUUGUGUGAAGACCAUUCCAUAUGUUGAAAUGGAUUGUUAUGUCGCUAAAUGUAAUGAAAAGACCGGACAAUGUGAGAACAAACUCAGUUGCGACACUUUCACGUCUUGUGGAGGGCAAACAAGCACCACCUCAAUUUGUAAAUGUGAUGCUUCCACUAAUAACAAAUGUCAAUGUGACAAAGUUGCUGGUGGUAAUUACUGCGAUUCUGAUAAGAACGAAAUCUGCGAUUAUACUCAUGAACCACCAAAAUGUGUCGCUUCUCGAUGCAAGGAGGAUUUGACUUCUAAGAAUUGCUUGAAGGCAACUUGCAAUGAGACUGAUGGAACUUUGUUGUGGAAUCCGAUUACUUGUGACCAAAAAGUGAUUGUUGAUGAUGUAAAUAAAUGCAAUAACACUUUUGGAUAUGUAUGCAAAGACAAUGCUUGUGUAGUUGAACAGAUUGUUACUGAUGAAGCACUUCAAGUAGAUUGUGGAGUAUGUAAAUAUGAUACUGCUCAAAAGAAAGUUGUACACAUUUCAACUUGCACAACACAAAAGAGUACAUGUGGUGAAUUCCAAGGCCAAUGUGUUGAUAAGAAAUGUAUUUAUCCACAGACUGCAGGAAAAGAUCCUAAUGACUUCUGUCAGACUUGUUUGAGUCUUGAAUGUGGUGCAGAUAAAACUGCUUAUAAUUACGAAUAUAACAAUGCAACAGGCAGAUGCAGUUACACCACUCUUAAAUUGCCACAAUGCAGUGUUUGCGUCAAUGGAGCAUACAUGCAGUAUUGUAAAGACGUUGUCCUUCAUAAGACUUGGACCAGUGAUGAUGGUGUAGAACUCCAAUACACACUUCCCAAAGAUUGCCGUAGUGGUGAUUGUAUUCCAAGAUAUCCAAUGUCCUGUAUGGAGACUGAAUACUUUGGAGAGAUUCUCAAGACCUUUGGAGAGUGUUCUGAUGGUGACUAUUUGGAAGCCUCAUACCAUUACUCAUCUAAAUUGGAUGUCUACAAGUUGAAUUAUGGUUUCCCACAAAGUCCUGACUUCAUUGAAGAAGCUGAUAAGGAAGCCUAUUGUGUCUGGAAAUUCAAGAAAACCAAUUGUAAGAAGUGUAUCUCACACCAAACCAAUUCAUCAUUUGAAAUUGUCGAUGAGUGCCCAAGACAAUCUGGUGGUGUUGAUUAUAUCUGUUCUGAUAAUGAGUGUACCAUUGAUCCGGAUUUCAAAUGUCAACCACAGAAUUGCGUUGUCAAGAACAUGCCAGAAGGUAAGACUGAAUGUGAAGAUUUGUAUAAUCUUUGUGACAACUCAACUGCUAAAUUGAAUUCUGCUCGUGAGAAAGAAUUCGCUAAAUACGACACCGUUGGUAGAACAAUGUCUUGUGGAACUACUAAUUGUAUUUCUAAUAAGUGUCCCACACUUUCAGAUGACACCAAAUGCCAAUCAACAGAAGAACAUCCAGACUAUGGUUGCAGAAAAGCUGCUCAUAUUUGUGACACAGAAAAGGACGUCUUUUGGUGUUCAUUUACACCAUUAAAUGGACCAGAAGAUGAUGACGAGUUUUUCCUUACAAGGGAUAAUGUCAAAUUGAAUAACAAAUGUUACAAUUACAUAUGCGAAGAGACAUGCACCGGUGGAGCAAAUACAUUUGAAGAGUACAAGACAAACACUGAAGCCAAAAAGUGUACACAUAAAUGGGUCUUAGAUGAGAAGAACUCCAACGUCGAUCCAAAGCCAAGAAAUCUUUGUGAAGAUGCAACUUGUAACAAAGCUACUGGUCUUACUGAAUACAAAGAUAAAUCCUGUUUCGUUGCUGAAGAGUUCCCAACACUUACAGCCAAUCAAGCUAGAUGUUUCUAUUGUCAGUGUUCUUAUAUUGAUGGAAGCGCUUCUCUUGUUAUGUUCGCUGAGACUGAGACUGAAUUCUACCAAUUAGAUGCUUGUGGUAACUGUAUGGUCAUGAAUCAGACGGAUAGAACACAACAACUUAAUGAAAAAGCGGAAUGUAUUCUUGCUGGAGAAAUUAAUAACACCGGAGCUAUUGCAGCUGCUACUACAGUUGCUGCUGUGGUUGUUGCUCUCGUGGUUGCACUCGUAGCUGUUUCUAUUGGUGUGUUCAAAACUUACCAAUUGGUCAGUUCUGCUAUGAAGAAUGUUGUUAACACUGCUAAUGAAAACGCCCAGUUUAAGGCAGCAGAUAACGAAGCAGCCAAUACCAACUUCACUACUUAA